AUGAACUGGCUCUUCCCGCUCUCCAAAGCCGGCGGCGGUGGCAGUGGGGCCGCCUCCUCGUCCUCCUCCUCUUCUUCGGCCCCGCUGCCUUCGCCCCUCACCAGCCUCCAGCAGCAGAAGCAGCGGCAGAUCGAGUCCCUGCGCAGCGCCCACGCCAACAUAGCCGAAAUUCAAAAAGAUGUGGAGUAUCGUUUGCCAUUCACUGUAAACAACUUGACAAUUAAUAUUAACAUGUGACUGCUUCCACCUCAGUUUCCUCAGGAAAGAAUCAUCAGUGUUUUCCCACCCAUACGACAUCAUAAUGACAACAAGGUGUAUGUUGCCUGCCCUUUAAGCAGUUUCACUAUGCAUUCAGAUCUUGGGAAAUUGUUACAAGUAUAACUUGAGAGUUUGGAAGAUCCUCCAGUUUUGGCUCCUAACUCAACGUCAUUUCCAUACCUUUACAACCAGCCAGCUGGAAUUCCUUCGUAUACUCAGAACUUCCCCUUUCUUUCUCCAUAUCGGCCACCAGAAACAAAUAGGUCUAUAGCAUCUGUGCCACAUGCAGAUUCACUUUCUUCAGGGUACACCACUGACAGACCUGCUGCUCCUUCUUUUGGUAUGAUAACAGACUUGCCAUUACCUGUUCCAACAGCAGAAACUUUUUACAGCUUCCUAACAUUUCAGGGGAGUCAAAAUGGAUUCCGUUACAAGAUGCAUGUUCCUGAUGCAUUUCCAGAACUAUCAGAUCUCAGUGUGUCAUCACAAACUGACGGAUAUGAUGAACAAGAAGAUAUACUUCUGGAACAAUUUGUUAAUCUGCCCCAGUUGAAGCAAGUAAUUAAUGAUAAGGAUGAUUUAGUGAAAAGCAUUGAGGAGCUAGCUAAAAAAAAUUUGUUACUGGAACCAAGUUGGAAACAAAAAGAUCAACAUGUUGCUUCUUCUCACGUCAUGAUUACUCAGUUGAAGACCAUGUUUGAAAAGAAGAUGCAAAGGCAGCAUGAACUUAGUGAGAGUUGUAGUGCAAGUGCUCUACAAGCAAGACUGAAAGUAGCUGCUCAUGAAGCCGAAGAAGAGUCUGACACUAUUGCAGAAGAUUUUUUGGAAGGCAAAACCGAAAUAGAUGACUUUCUUAGUAGCUUCAUGGAGAAAAGGACAAUUUGCCACUGUAGAAGAGCCAAAGAGGAAAAGCUUCAGCAGGCAAUAGCAAUGCGCAGCCAAUUCCAUGCUCCCUUGUAGAUUUUUCCAGAAUUUCUAAGAAACUAGCAUUUCUAAGACAAGUGAACAAAUCCAGCAAAGCACAUGUUCAUAGAUCGGUUAUUCUGCAAAUACACAUUUCAUUUCGUAUUUAUAAGAAAAAAACUGUAUACAUAUUGAGAUUAAUUUUUUUGUACAAAUUAUUAUGUCUUUCUAUUCUCAUCCAAAAAAAUGUUCCUAUUGCAUUUUUUGCACUAAUAUUCCCUGUCUUUAUCCUGACCAUAUUUAAGUUCCUGCUGCUAUCUCAACCUACUUUAUAGAUUAAAUAUUGAAACAUGUAAUUUUGACUAGAUUUUUACAUUUUAUACAACGUAACUCAUAACUUUUGUAUUAAACAUUGGGUGGUUUAGUUUGUGGGGGGGAGGGCUAUAGAAAUGUUCAUUACUUAACAAGUAUUGUGAGGCACUGUCAGGCCCUUUUGACAUAUCAUCAGAAUUCAGUUUCUUGAAGUCAAGUUUUUCAUCAUUUUUGUUUGUUACCAACACAAUAUUUUGAAAUCCAAUACUGGUAGCUGGGAAAUUUAUAAGGCUGAGAGACUGUAGCAUUGCCUUACAGCCCUUUGCAAAGUACAUAAUAAACAGCAUACAGCUAAGAUCAGGUGUAUCUGGGGGAGGAAUUCAAUACACCUUUUGUGAUCUCUAGUCAUGAUCUGACAUCCACUGCCAUAUCGGAAAAUUCUUGCUUCUUUGUUCUGAACUUCUAGCUUUUCAUGGGACAAGCAAAAAGUUUCAGGAGGUAAAAGAGUGCAGGCAGAUCUUUCAGGGAUUUCAGGAUUAGUAGUCUUACUUUCUCUGCUCUGUUUUGCAUUUUGGUUUGUGGAAAUGCACCUUGGCAUCAAGAAGGGACAAAAGACUUCCAUCCUGAAUAGAUAACAUAUAAACACACAAAAAGAGUGUAGGAAGGUCAGGUUGAGUAGAACUAUUCCUUCAUCACUUGCUCACCUUAGUCAGGCAGGAAUCAAUAAGCCGAAUAUGUUUGCCACUUUUUAAAUGUAUUUUAUAUAUAUAAAAUUUGGAUUCUAAUUCAGGCUUCUUCAGAAUUUAAAACAUCCACUACAUUGUAAGACCAGUGUUUUGUUCUAUAAAAACAUUUUAAAUUGGUUCAUGGUGCUCCAAAAUUGAGCCAUUCUUGCACAAAACUGAAGAGUUAUUUUGUAGGCAUUACAUUCUUGAGCCCAUUUUUCCCUACACAGAUAAAUUUGUUCAUGGCAAUUUUGAACGUUUCCCACUAUGCCUCCCCUCCCAUCACAAAAACACUUCCUUGUUACGAAUUGGGGGGCUAUAGAGUCUCCUCAGAAGAUUUCUAUAUGAGUACAAUGGUCACUCCACAUUCACUGGGGUUAAGGGUGAAGGACCCCUGUGAAUGGAAAAACCAUGAAAAAAAAACACUACUUUUUACCAAAGAGAACACCUGUCUAGGAAUCUCCAGUUCAACUCUGGUCAGCAUCUGUCAGAAGUUGAUCAUAAAAUAAUGCUGGAGAACCUACAAAUGCCUAGGGAAAUAUUUUCUCUAGGAACAUCUAGGUUCUCCAACACAACACUAUGAUCAAUUUCUGGAACACUUGCGCUGGAUGACCUAGAGAUUCCUAGAAAGAACAUAUUAAAAUUGCAAAUAAUCAAAUCCACAAAAGUCAAAACUGCAAAUGUGGAGGGCAAACUAUUUGCAUUUGCAAAGCAGAACAUCAGCUUCAUCUAGUGGAAAAUAGCAGUAGAGUUCAGCUUUUUAGUAUUUUGGGAACUCCUAAUACUGGGAACUGGAAAUAAAUAAGUCUGGUGGAACAAA